CGUACUUCUAGCGCAUGUUUACAUUGAAAAGCAAUUGAAAAACAGCGCUUAACGUGUUCGAUGUGAACGGCCCCUAAGAAGUUUCACUUUGUCAAAGUGAGCUGAAAGAGUCUGAAAUAGAGUCUCUUCGCUGUUCUUAUCAGCGAAAAAAUACAUCUCGUCGCCUACAGUUCUUUCGUAAAGUCUACUGUUAUGCAGGGCUGCAGGGAGCUGGGUGAGGAUUCACCCCCUCAAUGCUCCACAGAAGAUGACAUGACAGAGGGGGACCUGGGUGAUGGCAUGGGGGCCAGGUCCUCAGGACAUCAUGACAAAAGCCAUGUCCCACAGACCAAGAGCAGGGAGAAAUUUUUGGACUUCCUGUCCCAGUCAAGGCCACUGAAAAGGGGCAGUGAGGGUAGCAAUGCACCCUUCUCUUGGACACCAUGCAGAGCUAUGUACAAUGUUUUUAGGGAAGAAAUGGAAGCCGAACGGGUUACACAAUGGCAGAAAAGGCAGUCAGAAAGCUCAUCUGAGGACACAAGGGAAGAGCUGCAAAGAAGACUACAGGAUGUCACAGAGGAAGUGGAGCUGUUACGCACUGAAUUGGAGGUCACUCAUCGCCACCUAGAGGGGAAACAUGAGGCUCUUAGGAUCUUGCAAGGACAGGCAAUCUUGGACAAAGCAACCAGUCACACUAAAAUCUUGCUUCAGAAGAGCGAGGAAAGGACUAAGGCCCUAGAAAAGGAGGUUAAUGCUUUGCAGUGGGAGAUAACCUUCAAUCAGGUGCAGUUUAAGAAUGUGGAGAACACGUGGAGUUUAAAAUAUGAGAGGGUGUUAGCAGAAAAUGAAGCCCUAAAGAAAGCACUAGAGGAGAGGAUGAGAGAGCAUCGCGUGACAAGGGCAGAGAAUGCAUCUCUGAGCCAAAAAUGUAUGGAGCUCCUGUCCAUGCUUAGUGGUAAGGAAAGGAGGGACUUUCAGAGGACCCAGCCUCCCUGCAGCCUGGGAACAGACGGUUCAGCUCUGGAGUUGGCUGUGUAUGGGGCUUGCCAGUGUAACUCCAAUGGGGGCGAGCCAUGCUCUUGUGCUAGAAGUGCUGCUGCAAGUCGUAAACAAGUUCUUCAACUCAAGCAAGAGCUGGAACAGCAGCAAAAGAGGAAAGAGGAGGCUUAUGUGAUGAUGGAUGCUUUCCGCAUUGCUUUUGAGCAGCAGCUAAGGAGAGUCAGUGAGAACAUGCUUCAACAUGCUGAGACUGAUAGACACCAGGCGCAUAACCAAAGACACGAGCGAGGGUCGCUCAGUGACAGACUGAAAAGAAUUCUGCCUGCUGCAAGGGAAGGCAAGAUACCAACCGAAUCCAAAGAAACACUACACAUGCUGCUUGAUCUGUUAAAUGACAAAGAGGAGGCCUUGGCACAUCAGAGGAAGGUAAGCUAUAUGCUGGCCCGAAACACUGAAGACUUAGAAAAACGUCUACAGAUGCAGUUAGAGGAGCUGGGCCUCUCACACAAAGACACGGACACAAACACAAACAAAGAAGCUUCUGAAAAAAAGUGACUGGAGCAGAGAAAGAGACUUCAGAUGCUCUACUGCUGUGGAUGACAAAAUGUCACUGUUCCUUAGAAACUUGCAGCUGAUACUGAGCAAAACUCAACACCAAACCAACAAUUUUUUGACAUGAGAGAAACUAAGUUUCAUAAUAAAGAUGUUUAAAGGAUUGUGAACACUAUAAAGUUCUGUUUUUUAUUUAAAGUUA